UGUGUUGUGUUUCGGUCGUUUCGGCAAUUUUUCGUUGAUGAGCAUGGAUGAAGCCAAGUUACCUCAGAAGCGGUACUACCGACAGAGAGCUCAUUCAAACCCGAUAGCCGACCACUGUUUCGUUUAUCCACCGUGCCCCGAUGACAUGGACUGGGGCAAGUACUUUCCUCAACCAGACAAGCCGGUGGAGUUUGCAGACAUUGGAUGCGGGUAUGGGGGCCUUCUCGUUGCCCUUUCACCAAUGUUUCCCGACACACACAUGGUUGGCAUGGAGAUAAGAGUGAAGGUGUCUGACUAUGUGCAAGACAGGAUCAAGGCCUUGAGGGCGCAACACCCGGGACAGUACGGAAACGUAGCCUGCAUACGCACCAAUGCCAUGAAGCACCUUCCAAACUUCUUUAGGAAAGGACAGCUUACAAAGAUGUUCUUCCUGUUUCCUGACCCCCACUUCAAGAAGCAGAAACACAAGUGGAGGAUCAUCAACAGGCAGCUGCUUGCCGAAUACGCCUAUGUACUCAGAGUCCAGGGCCUCCUGUACACAAUUACAGAUGUCAAGAAGCUCCACGACUGGAUGGUUUCUCACUUGGCCGAGCAUCCACUCUUUGAACGAGUGUCUGAGGAGGAUUUGAAAACAGAUGUUGUCGUUGAGAAACUUUACGAGAGCACCGAAGAAGGCAAGAAAGUGACGAGGAACUCUGGAGAAAAGUUUUUGGCUGUGUUCAGGAGGAUAGAAGAUCCUUAUGUUGAAAGUUCUGGUCAAGAGUCUAUUGAGAUGAAAGAUGACUGUGAAUAGGUGUUGACUGGCAGUGCCAACACGUGAUCGGUGUGGACAUUUCGUGGUGCUACAUUUGAUAAUAAAUACAGUGCUUCAUCUUCAAACUA